UAAUAUUUUUGGGGUGACUAGCUUCCACACACGCACACACACGAUAUAUCUCUUUUAUUCUCUCUUUUUUAUUUUUCUGUUUGAGAGCUCUUUUUACUUCCAUCUUACUCUAUUCCCUCUUCUUUACUCCCAAUUCAUAAACAUCGAACCUCCCCUUUCCUCUCAGCUCUCUCUCUCAUCAAGAUGACACCAAAACCAGCUGACGGGCCAAUGGAGCAGCUGAAAUACCAGACAUGGGUCUUGAAGGUCUCAAUCCACUGUGAAGGCUGCAAGAAGAAAGUCAAGAAAGUUCUUCAUGGAAUCGAUGGUGUUUAUAUGACAGAUGUCGACUCUCGGCAGCAUAAAGUUACAGUAACUGGGAAUGUAGACGCGGAGACUCUUAUCAAGAAACUGGCAAGAUCAGGAAAACAUGCAGAACUUUGGCCUGAAAAGCCAGAGAAGAAAGAUAACGAGUCAGGAAAAUCCAAGACCGAUGGAAAACAGAAAGAUCAUCAGGAAGUUGGCGGCGGUGGUGAUGAUGGAAACAAUGAUAAUAAUAAUCCACCAGAAAAGCCUGAGACUGUCACUAAAAGUGGCGGUGAUCAACUUUCACGGGAUAGAGAGAGCGAAGAGGCUGGUGGAGAAACCCCUGCUGCUGCUGCUGAUGGUGGUGGUGGAGGUGGAAAUGGAAGUAGUGGAGGUAAAAAGAAAAAAAAGAAUAAGAAGAAAGCGCAAAAUGGUAAUUCUAACAAUGUUGACGGAAAUAGUGGUGAUAAUCCCGGUGGCGCACCACCAUCGGAUGCAGGAUCUUCUUCAUCUGCCAGUUCAGAGCCAAUGCCUCCAAAACCAAUAGAGCACAGCCCUCCGAUACAUCAAUAUGUAUAUCCAUAUCCACCAACAUAUUAUGCACCUCCUCCGGCAUACGGAGUAAACUACAACACAACCUACUCGGGUGCUAGUGAAUCUUACUAUGCACCUUCCGUACAUGGUCAUGUGUUUUUUUCUCAGCCUGAGUGGUACCAGCCACCAACUCCACCAUCUGAACCGAUGAACAAGAUGGAUCAUCGAGAUGAUUAUGAUGGUGGAUGCUCAAUUAUGUGAUUGAUGAGGGUGUAUGUAACAAUCUGUGUACUAGCUUUAUAAUAAUUACUUUUGUAAUUAGAAGUUUAGUGGAAAGCUGCGGGAGAAAUUUGCACAAAAAAAAAAAAAAGAAAAAAAAAGUGGGGUGUUAUGACUUAUAUAAGGGGAUUUUGGAGGCGUACGUCCUUAGUUUAAUAGAAUGUUUGGUUAUUUUUAAAUUUA